GACGCUCGACCACGGCCGGGGGCGCUGCCGCUCCAGCGAGAGUCCACUCCCUGCUGGUGGCAUCGCGGCCGCAGGCCCCGCUGGGCUGUCCGGGAAGAUGGACGCCUGCAGGAGAAAGGCCCUGACCCUGCUGAGCAGCGUCUUUGCCGUGUGCGGCCUGGGCCUGCUGGGCGUCGCGGUCAGCACGGACCACUGGCUGUACCUGGAGGAGGGCGUCGUCCUGCCCCAGAACCAGAGCACCGAGACCAAGAUGUCCCUGCACUCAGGCCUGUGGAGGGUCUGCUUCCUCGCAGGUGAGGAGCGGGGACGCUGCUUCACCAUAGAGGAUGUGAUGCCUGUGAGCCCCCAGCUCACCUCCGAGUCCACGGUCAACGUGCUAAAAAUGAUUCGCUCGGCCACGCCGUUCCCCCUGGUCAGCCUCUUCUUCAUGUUCAUUGGCUUCAUCCUGAGCAACAUUGGACACAUCCGUCCCCACAGGACAAUCCUGGCCUUUGUCUCUGGCAUCUUCUUUAUCCUCUCCGGCCUCUCGCUGGUGGUGGGCCUGGUGCUGUACAUCUCCAGCGUCAACGAUGAGAUGCUCAACAGGACCAAGGAUGCGGAGACCUACUUCACCUACAAGUACGGAUGGUCGUUUGCCUUCGCUGCCAUCUCCUUCCUCUUAACGGAGAGCGCGGGGGUGAUGGCCGUGCACCUGUUCGUGAAGCGGUGCACCGCCGAGGACGUGUACGGGCCUCACCCCGGCUUCUACCGCCCGCGUCUGAGCAACUGCUCCGAUCACUCGGGCCAGUUCCUGCACCCGGACGCCUGGGCGCGAGGCCGCAGCCCCUCCGACAUCUCCAGCGACGUCUCCCUGCAGAUGACCGGCACCCACCCCGCCCUGCUCAGGCGCCCCGACUACCGCCAGCUGCCUUCCUCCCCCUGCUGAGUCCCCGCCCGGACCGCCUGCCCAGACAGCCUUCCCUGCCCCCGCUGCCCUUGGUCUGCGGCCCGGC